AUGGUAAGUAUAUGGGAUCGGAAUGGCAGGGACUAUAGCGGCUGGAUCUCAGUCUCCAAGGCUCGUGUCGAGGCAUUUGAUGCAGAUUCAUCGACGGGAGUGAAGAUACAGUUCCUUCAGGCAAUCAAGGAUUUUGAUUCCUUUGGCAACACUGUUCUGAAAUUCGAGGUCGACGCAUUCACUGAGACCGCGUUCAAGGGGAACCCUGCGGCAGUGUGCUUCCUGGAGGAUGAUGAAGAGAAGGACGUGGAGUGGCUACAGGCAGUGGCCAGGGAGUUCAACAUCUCCAUAACUUGCUUCCUGACUCGAGUAGCUACCUCGGGGACGGAGGACUCGAGCCCAAGGUUCCGCCUCAGAUGGUUCACUCCCGUCGCCGAGGUUAACCUCUGUGGUCAUGCAACACUAGCUGCUACACACGCUCUUUUUACCUCUGGGAAGGUGGAUUCAGACACUAUCCAAUACGUCACCUUGUCAGGAACUCUAACCGCUAAAAGGGUGUCCGAGAUCGAGACAGCCAGCGCUUCAACAUUUCAGAACAGGGAUGCACCAGGAUUCUUCAUCGAAUUGGUUUUUCCUGUUGUCCCGAUUUCAGAAUGCGACAGCGAGAAUGCGUCAUCCCUCUCCAGAGUAUUCGAUGGUGCUUCCAUAGUCGAAGUCAAGAAGACAGCAAAAGAUGACCUUAGUCCUAUUUUCCUUCUUGGGUUGAUGAAAGUUUUCAACCAUGACAUUGAGCUGAAAGUUUUCAGAGUCCUAUUUUCCUUCUUCAGUCAUUUCGACCAGGUGAUUAAUUUUGCUUCUUUUCUUGUCAACUUCGAUUGCUUCUCGAAGGUCGUUUUCUCAUCAGGAAAAGCAGUUGAAGACUUGCAGCCACAAUUCGAUAAGAUACGAAGUUGUGCAGGAAGGGGCAUUAUCAUAACAGGACUUGCUCAACCAGACUCGGGAUUUGAUUAUGUCAAUCGGUUCUUCUGUCCAAAACUCGGGGUGAACGAGGUACUGAUGUAUCUAAUUAAUCGGCUGUCAAGUGAUGUGCUAGAAGGAAUUACCAACUUCCUAGUUCUUGCAUCACCUAGAGGAGGAGUCGUGAACGUCCUGGACAAGCAAAACCAGAGAGUCAUGCUGCGUGGGAAAGCUGUAACUGUAAUGACGGGUUCUAUUCUUAUUUAA